AUGAGUAUUGACGCUUCUGAGCUUGAUUUCGUGAUCAUUUCUGCAGUGCUGUACCAUUUGUCAAUUCAAGGUGUUGAUGAUGCCUACCUUAUGAUGCACUCAUGGAUGCGAAUUUCCAAUGAGGACCCAACAAUGACAAAACGUGAACGCAUCGCGCAUAUACUGGUGGAUGCGGGGCCGUCGAUGGCGAUCACCUCUCUGACAAACUUCCUUGCUUUUCUUGUCGGCUUCUACACACCAACACCAGAAAUUCAAGUCUUCUGUUUUGGCAACGCUGUGGCCAUACUAUUCGAUUUUUUUUAUGAGAUCACAUUGUUCGCCGCAUUGCUAUCGAUCACAGGCCAUCUGCAAAUGCGGGAAAACUCAAAAUCGAGCGCAGUGCGGCAGUGGAAGAGUUCUAAAAUCGAGCAGCUUCCCUAUGUCCUCGACGAAUAUUCUCAGUGGUUGGCCAGCAAAUUCACGGCUUUGCUUCUGUUCGUGAUACUCUGUUGCUACUGGUUCAUCAGCAUCGUCGGUUCCAUGCAAAUUCACGUGGUUCUGUCUGCCGAGAAACUUGUGUUGGAAGACUCAAGACUUGUCAAG